AUGAAACUUUCAAAAUCUUUGCUAUCGGCUCUCUUGGUACAUCUCUCAAAGGCUGCCUAUAUUCCUUCGGACCCUUGGACUGUUUUAACACCAGAUGCUCAAUUGUCGAAUGGUAUCAAAGACUACCCUUCAACUUUUGGUAUUCAGGUCAUCCCAAUCUCAGAUAUUUUGGAAAAAAGAGAUGUAACCCAGAUUGAUGAUGGCCAGAUUCAAAUCAAUACCGAAUCCCAAUAUCUUUCGACUUCAACCUAUGUUCCAAUUCCAUCUCCUGUCGAAACUAUGCCAGUUAUUUCUCAAAUCGAUGAUGGCCAGAUUCAAGCAACUACUGAAACUACAACUCCAUCGCCUGUUGAAACUGUGCCAAUUCAAGCAACUACUGAAACUACAACUCCAUCGCCUGUUGAAACUGUGCCAGUUAUUUCUCAAAUCGAUGAUGGUCAAAUUCAAGCAUCCACCCAAACCAUCACUUCUACUAUAGUUGAAACUCUCUCGGCUGAUGUCACUCAAAUUGAAGAUGGCCAAAUUCAAGCCACUCAAACUGCUUCUGCUGAAGAAUCUGAAUUUGAAUUUGAAUCUGAAUCUGAAUCUGAAUUCAAAACUGUUGUCUCUUGCAAAAGCGAAUCAACUUUAUCCAUAACUUUGAAAGAUGGUAUCUUGACUGACGCAUUAGGUAGAAUCGGUGCUAUUGUUGCUAACAGACAAUUCCAAUUUGACGGCCCACCUCAAGCUGGUACCAUUUACGCUGCUGGAUGGAGUAUUAACCCACAAACUGGCAAUUUAGUUCUCGGUGACAAUGAAAUCUUCUAUCAAUGUUUAAGUGGCACAUUCUACAACUUAUAUGAUGAAGACAUUGGCUCAGUUUGUCAUCCAAUUAACUUAAAAGUAAUUGAUUUAGUUGAUUGUUAA